AUGGCCAUUCCAAAGACACAAUGGGCGCAGGUGCUGGAACGCCACGGAGAAGGAGUUACCUACAAACAAAUCCCCGUCCCCGAACCCGGCCCGGAUGAAGUUCUUGUAAACAUCAAAUACUCUGGUGUCUGCCACACAGAUCUGCACGCGGUCAAGGGCGACUGGCCGCUCGAACGCAAACUGCCUCUGGUCGGUGGCCACGAAGGCGCCGGCAUCGUGGUUGCCAAGGGCAGUCUGGCCACUGGCAUUGAAAUCGGCGACCAUGCCGGUGUGAAAUGGCUGAAUGGGUCCUGUCUAUCCUGCGAAUUUUGUCGCAAGUCCGACGAGCCGCUAUGCGCAAAGGCUUUGCUUUCCGGAUACACCGUCGAUGGCACUUUUCAACAGUACUCUAUCGCCAAGGCGGCACAUGUCUCCAAGAUUCCCAAACAUGUAGCCCUGGACGCUAUUGCGCCGGUGCUCUGUGCCGGUGUGACCGUCUACAAGGGGCUGAAGGAGUCUGGGGCGCGUCCGGGAGAGACGGUGGCCAUUGUCGGUGCCGGGGGUGGAUUGGGAUCACUUGCUCAGCAGUAUGCCAAAGCAAUGGGCCUUCACAUUGUUGCCAUUGACGGCGGGGACGAGAAAAAGGCCAUGUGUGAAUCGUUGGGAGCAGAGGCAUACGUCGACUUCACCAAAUCCAAGGAUCUCGUCAAAGACGUCCAAAAGGCCACGCCCGACGGCCUCGGCCCACACGCUGUCAUCCUCGUCGCCGUCAGCGAGCUCCCCUUCCAACAAGCAGCAGACUACGUGCGCUCACGCGGCACCAUCGUGGCCAUCGGCCUACCGGCGAAUGCAUUCCUCAAAGCCCCCGUGUUCAACACUGUAGUGCGCAUGAUCACGAUCAAGGGAAGUUAUGUUGGCAACCGGCAAGAUGGAGACGAGGCGAUUGACUUUUUCGCGCGGGGAUUGAUCAAGUCACCCUUUAAGACGGUGCCGUUGUCUGAGUUGGGCAAGGUGUACGAGUUGAUGGAACAAGGAAAAAUUGCAGGUCGGUAUGUGUUGGAGAUGCCCAACUGA